AUGCUGAGCCACAACAUUCUGACGCUCGGCGCUUGCGAUGCACCGGACAAUCAUAUCGCGAUGUGCAGCACCGGUCUUCUUUCACCACAUGAGGAUUUUACUAAUGUUAAUGCAGUGCUCUCGAACAAUGAAGAAUCGGUUUGUUCAUUAUGCGAAAAAGAAAUUCGGGAUCGGUUCGUAUCAAAGGUCAAUGGAAGGUGUUAUCAUUCGUCAUGUUUGCGGUGUUCGACUUGUCAAGACGAACUUGGAGCGACGUGCUUUUUGCGAGACGAUUCCAUGUAUUGCCGUGCACAUUUUUUCAAAAAAUUCGGAACUAAAUGCGCAUCAUGUGAAGAUGGAAUCGUUCCUGAUCAUGUGGUUCGAAAAGCAUCAGGACACAUUUAUCACGUGGAAUGCUUCAACUGCUUCAUUUGUAAACGAUUACUCGAAACCGGUGAAGAGUUCUACCUGAUCCCAGAUGAUGCGCGUCUUGUGUGCAAAGACGAUUACGAACAAGCAAGAGAUAAGCAAUCGGCGGAAAGCGAGGGUGACGGCGGUAACAAACGACCAAGGACCACGAUUUCAGCAAAGAGUUUGGAAACAUUGAAGCAGGCCUAUCAAACUAGCAGCAAACCAGCUCGCCAUAUCCGAGAGCAACUUGCCAGUGAAACAGGUCUCGAUAUGCGUGUUGUUCAAGUGUGGUUCCAAAACCGUCGCGCCAAAGAAAAACGCCUGAAAAAGGAUGCCGGUCGCCGUUGGAAAUCUUCCACCCGUGCUGAGAGUGAUAGCAACUCUCCCAUUGAAAGCAUCAAUGGACAGAGUCCUAAUUACUUGUACCUGGAGCACACCAUUGACGACGGUAAUGAGAGCAAUUUCAUGUUCCAAUCAAGAGAGCAGAGUCCGGAUAAAUAUUUCCGCAAUGAAACUCCAGCAGCCGAUACCCCACAAAUCCAUUUGGCUGGUCCCAGUGUCAUGUCGUCCCCAUUCCCAACAUCUCUUCCACUUUCCACAAACGUCUACAAUCUACCACCACCCGAUUCUCAUCUUAUCACUCAUAUGGCAACUCAGUUCAUCUAA